AUGGAUAAGAAAAGUAAUGAACAAUGGGCUUGCAGAUUUACAAAAGUAAAAGCCGUCGUUGUUGAACUUGAUGAACUCAUUUCUCAAAUUAAAGCCGAUCAUAAAAUUCAAACAAUGAUGGAAGAACCAUUGUCAAUGAAGACUAUUACCAGAAGUACCGAUACAGAACGUAAAAGCAAUCAAUUAGCAGAAAUAUCAGAUUUGUCCAGUAUAGACUCUUCCUCUUUAGGUAAAAAACUCGACAAUCCUAUUGAUAGUGGAGAUCUGUUAAAAAUAAUCACGAACGAAUUAAUAAAGAUUCUCGCAUUGGACGAUGAUGAUGAGAAUAAAGAUAAAAUUAUUAAUGAUUUAUUAGAAAAUGGUCGACAAUCAUUAAAGAAUUAUCAAGAAGAUAUUAUUUCUGAGAUUUAUAAUAAACAAAUAAAUGGUAAUGAUAGUGAAUUGAUACAAUUAUUAAACAAGCAUUUUCAAUUAAAAUGGGAAACAGAAUAUGGUUUAUCUAAUGAAUGGUUUGUUUCAUUUCUUAAAAAAUAUCAAAAUGGAGAAAAACGUCAUUGGUAUGAACAUGUUUUGAUUCGCACAGCAGAACAUGGAAAUAGAUAUAUGAAAGAUUGUCCAAUAUUAUCAAUUGUUUUACAACUUCUAUUCGAAGAUAUUGAUGAUAAAUGUCUAAAAGAAACUUGUGUAUUUGAUGACCUAUGGUUUGCAAUAAAAAAUGAUGGUUUAAAAUCAAUUACAAGAUUUUCUAAUUAUAUUAUUCCAGAAAUCAUGAAUGAGCAAAUAAAUAAAAAGCAAUCAGGAUUAUUCCAAGCAUUACGUGAAUUUUAUCGUCAAAAUUUAUCUCAGUUAUUUCAACAAAGUGGUAUUAGGGAUACACAAAAUUUAUGUGAUUUAGCAUUAGAUAAUAUUGCUGAGGAUGGUUGGAUAAUUGGUGCAAAAGCAAUUCAGGGUAAAAUAGCACCCAAUAAAUUUAAAAAAUUAUUAGAAAAUAUUGACUUAUUUCUAAAACAAGGACAAGUACAACCCAAAGUGGAAGCGCCACAAUCAGUAAACGAUCAAUCAUGUGCCAUUGGUCAAGAUACUCAGAUCUCAUGGGAAUUCAGUGGUAUUGAGAAACCGCAAGUGACAUGGUUCUUCAAUGAUCAACUACUUCCAACCAACGAUCGUUUUCAAGUGACUGAAACUGAUGAUAGAAUAUCGACACUAUCGAUUCGUCAAGCUAAACUUGCCGAUCAAGGUGUCUAUACCGCUCGAGCAACCAAUGCUGUUGGUGAAGCUGAAGCUAAAACAACAUUGAACAUUGUUGGCUUCAAGACUAAUCUUGAUGCUGCAUUGCAAGUCACAAAAGGUGAAAUCAUGACACUCAAAAUCGUCGUCAAAGGAACACCGAAACCUAACGCUGUCUGGAUGAAAGGCAACGAUGAACUCACAGCUAAUGAUCGCAUUCAAGUGACAAUACCGACUGGUGAUGAUGAUACAUACAUAUUGACUAUCUCGAAUGUACAACCAAAAGAUCAAGGAGAAUAUUCAUUCAAAAUUACACAUGUUAGCGGAUCACUCAAAUCCAAUACUUGCAAAGUCACUGUUUCGAGUAUGUCUUAG